AACAGAAGUUUCUCACCUAGGAAUGCGAGGAGCGCUCCCGCAUCUCCUGCACAUCUCCACCUCUGCGCAGGAGGAGAUCCCCAAGCUGCUCUCUCCACCUCUCCUACAGCUCCCUGCAAACGAGGGGGAAGCUGCUGAGAGUCCCUAUCACGGCUGGCCUUUUAAUGUUGUAUGCAAGGAGGAAGAGGGCGAGGGAUAACUUGGUGCUGUACAACUGACCUGCGGCCCGAAGGGCCUCUGGGGAGGGGGUGCAAAACAGGAGCGGCUGGGCUGGGGGACUCCAUGCGGGGGCCAUGGACAGGGCGGCGCUCCUGGGACUGGCCCGCCUGUGCGCGCUGUGGGCAGCCCUGCUCGUGCUGUUCCCCUACGGAGCCCAAGGAAACUGGAUGUGGUUGGGCAUUGCCUCCUUCGGGGUUCCAGAGAAGCUGGGCUGCGCCAAUUUGCCGCUGAACAGCCGCCAGAAGGAGCUGUGCAAGAGAAAACCGUACCUGCUGCCGAGCAUCCGAGAGGGCGCCCGGCUGGGCAUUCAGGAGUGCAGGAGCCAGUUCAGACACGAGAGAUGGAACUGCAUGAUCACCGCCGCCGCCACCACGGCCCCGAUGGGCGCCAGCCCCCUCUUUGGCUACGAGCUGAGCAGCGGCACCAAAGAGACAGCAUUUAUUUACGCUGUGAUGGCUGCAGGCCUGGUGCAUUCUGUGACCAGGUCAUGCAGCGCAGGCAACAUGACAGAGUGUUCCUGUGACACCACCUUGCAGAACGGCGGCUCAGCAAGUGAAGGCUGGCACUGGGGGGGCUGCUCCGAUGAUGUCCAGUAUGGCAUGUGGUUCAGCAGAAAGUUCCUAGAUUUCCCCAUCGGAAACACCACGGGCAAAGAAAACAAAGUACUAUUAGCGAUGAACCUACAUAACAAUGAAGCUGGAAGGCAGGCUGUCGCCAAGUUGAUGUCAGUAGACUGCCGCUGCCACGGAGUUUCCGGCUCCUGUGCUGUGAAAACAUGCUGGAAAACCAUGUCUUCUUUUGAAAAGAUUGGUCAUUUGUUGAAGGAUAAAUACGAAAACAGUAUCCAGAUAUCAGAAAAAAUAAAGAGGAAAAUGCGCAGGAGAGAAAAAGAUCAGAGGAAAAUACCAAUCCACAAGGAUGAUCUGCUUUAUGUUAAUAAGUCUCCCAACUACUGUGUAGAAGAUAAGAAACUGGGAAUCCCAGGGACACAAGGCAGAGAAUGCAACCGUACAUCAGAGGGUGCAGAUGGCUGCAACCUCCUCUGCUGUGGCCGAGGUUACAACACCCACGUGGUCAGGCACGUGGAGAGGUGUGAGUGUAAGUUCAUCUGGUGCUGCUAUGUCCGUUGCAGGAGGUGUGAAAGCAUGACUGAUGUCCAUACUUGCAAGUAACCACUCCAUCCAGCCUUGGGCAAGAUGCCUCAGCAAUAUACAAUGGCAUUGCAACCAGAGAGGUGCCCCUCCCUGUCCAGCGCUAGUAAAAUUGACUCUUGCAGUGGAAUCCCUAGAACCUUGGACCUCUCUGAGAGUUUCCCUUACCUGAUCGACAUAUUUUCCUUUAUCUGAUCAACCCAUCGGUCAUGUGGAUUUCUUAGGAUUCUAAUGUUGAAAAGGUUUAUAUUCACCCUUUGCUGAUUUGGGGAAUAUAUGUUGACAUACAAGGAAGAUAAUCUGUUUCCUAAGGAAGAAAUAACAGGAAAGAUCCCUUAUACCAGGAGGCCUGCCAUACUCAGGAUAAGAUCCUUGAAUAUGGGACUUAGUUACAGGACUCAAUAAUGGUGGGUGAACAUUAGUCAUUUUUAAAAGACACCUCUUAUAGCAAUAAGGAGACAUUAACAUGAAUCUCAUUUAUUCUCUCAGUAUUUUAAUUGAAGAAAUCAUACUGUUUGUGUGUAGAUAGAAGAUGUUGAAAAGUUAACAUAAGCAUUGGAUGCUGACUUACUCUUUCAUGCACUUCCAAAGAAAGGUAAUCAAAAAGAAUCUUCUUAAGUGAUACAAUAUCCCUAAAAAAAUGAUCAUUACAGAUGUUUAGUGACAAAGAAUCAAUAUGUAAAAUGUAUAAUGAAUGAUUUAGAUUUUAAGUGCCUUUUCACUGGGAGAAUCUGGAAAAACCUCUAUAAAGUAUAUAGCAAUCUUUGGUCUUUAGAUUCAUACUUUUAUCACAGACCAGUUUCAACUGUUAAAAACCCACCUCUGAGAUACUGGGGGGAGGAUCCUGAAACAUGCGGGAAAAGUAGAGGUAAAAAGUGGAGGUAAAAAUAUAAUUUCAUACAUUGUAAAGAAAAGCACCCUUUAAAUGUGUAAAGACAGUGUUUUGUAAAGAAUUUUGUUUAAAAAGUUUCUAUUUUGUAAAUACAGUACUUAAGUUAUAUGAUCUAUAUUAAAACAUUUAUUGACAAAGCCCAAGAGCUAAGGCAGUAAAAUUAUCUCAUAAAUAAGAUUAGCUUCUUUUUUUUCCAUACUAUUAACACUGUUUUUUUGGACAUUGAAGAGAAUUUAACUUAGCAGUUAGUUAUGUGGAUGUGUAUUUCUUGCUAAAAUGACAGUUUUAUAUGUUACAGAUUAAAAUAUGUUGCAAAAUAUCAAAAAUUGUGCUAUUUCAGCAGUAAGAUUAACUGAAUUCUCUUUUCACAUUAGUUAUGCUUAAAUCAUAAGGUUAUUAUAAUAAAUUAUAUUAGUAAAAGUCUUAACUGGAAAAAAGAAUCUAAAUCAGAAUAGUGAUCAAUUUGUGGAUUUGAUAUCCUGGAUAUUUAUUAUAUUUUAUGUAAUGCUGCAUUUCUAUUUGAAUGUUAAGUGGUCUUUCUUGUUUUAAUAUUCAUGCAUGUAUAUUCAUCAUAUUUCACAAGGUUCCUGGUAAAAAUUACAGGGCUCUAUUUAAGGAUGUAUUUUAAUGUAAAUGCUUAUGUUUUUUAUGAAUUGUUAAAUAUUUCAGUAUUAUAUAGAAAAAAUAGAUUUUUUAAAUUCAGAAUGGACAAAGAGAAAUAUUCAUUUUCUUAUUAAUAAGAUAAAGAAAUGUUUCCCUGCCCCACAGUCUUCAUUCUAUUUCUCUUUAAUUUUAUUCACUGAGGCAGAGAAACAAUUUUUGAAAACGAGCAAACCCAUGGAAAAUGUCUCAGGUCUAAUAUUAAAAUCAAGACUAAGCAUUUAACUGUGAUCGUAAAGUUUGACAAAGUUAUUAUUUACUAAAUGAGAUACACAGAAAUGGCAAAUAUAUGAAUAUAGUGCAUAUUUAAAAGUGGUUUUCCAGUCUUUAGCAUUCCUUGAACAGAAUAAUCUGAAAAUAGACACUCUGUCCUGCCUAUUUUUUCAAAGUAAAUCUAUUUUGAACAUAAUCACCCAUUUUUAAAAAACAAAGACUGUAGUGUCUAUUAACAACCAAUUUCUUCUAUUAAUUAGAAAACCUUUCAUAAUUACCUUAUCAACUGAGUGUGAGAAUCAGGCAGCCUCUAAUUUACAAACACUUGAUUACUGUUCAGCCAUUCCUUUAAAACAGUGAUGCUGACUCAGGCACCUCUCUUUGGGAUGCCUAAGCAAAAACUCCUCCUAACUCCAAACCUGUGUCUUUGGGUUCUUCUUUUCUUCUCACGUUUGGUAUCACCAUGGAAGCCAUCCUUAAGUUUCUCACCUUUUUUUUUAGACAGUCUCACUCUGUUGCCCAGGCUAGAGUGCAGUGGCCCGAUCUCGGCUCACUGCAACCUCUGCCUUCUGGGUUCAAAUGAUUCUCCCGCUUCAGCCUCCCAAGUAGCUGGGAUUACAGGCAUGUGCCACCAUGACUAGCUAAUUUUUGUAUUUUUGGUAGAGACGGAGUUUCACCAUGUUGGCCAGGCUGGUCUCAAGCUCUUGACCUCAAGUGAUCCACCCACCUCGGCCUCCCAAAGUGUUGGGAUUUCAGGCGUGAGCUACCACGCCUGACCAUCACCUAUCUGUCUUAUUGGCUGACAGCCUGCCCUUAGCCCAUUUCCAUCCCACUCCCAGUCAUGGUACAGGAAGCACCAUGGUGCUCCUGGGAACACAAUUCUGGGACCCAAAAGCUCCUAUCUAGUCUAAACCACAUUGCCUGCAUUCAUUAGGGCCCCUUAUGUUGCAAGUAACGGAAAACUCAACCCAGACUGAUUUAAACAUUAAAUAUGUUGACUCAGUAACUAAAACCUCCAAACCUGUGACUGGUUCAGGGGAAGCUUGAUCCAUAAGCUCACACCAUGUUCCCUGGGCUCAAGUCUCUCUAUUUCUUUAGGCUGGCUACUGGCCAAGUCUUCUACUUCAGGGUCCAUGCAGUGCUGUGUCCCAACCUCUUCCAAAGUCUCCCACUCCCGGCAUCUCCGGGAUCUCUACUUUUCUUAGUAACAUGGCUGCCAUGCUUCCAGACCUCACAUUCUCCUACCUACCACUCAUUCUAAGGAAAGAGGGGUCCCAGCCUCAAGAAAGAGGUUCUCUCCUGGUUUGCUCACACAGAUGGAAAGAAAAUCUUUUCUUUCUCAGAGGGUUCAGCAAAGAGGUCUCCUGAGUCUCAAUGGUUCUAACUGAUUAAAUGUGCCUCUCUCUGAAAAAAUCACCAUGACCAUUGGGAGUUUUAGGUGAGCCAUAGGUACAUUGAUCCAUCUUAAGGCCAUCAUGACCCUGGAAGUGGAAGUGGGAUUCCCCAGAACUAAAAUUACACAGCGUGAGAAUAGACAGGGAGGUGGUUUCCCUAAAGGAAAACCAGGGUGUUAUGUUACCGGUAAGGAGUACCUGGGUGCUGGGCAGCAAAGACAUUUUCUGUCUUAGUUCUAGUGAGUUGUUUAGGAGACAGCUUUUGGUAUCAUAUGGAGCUCACAACAGACAAAGCAAACCCUGAGCACUGUGGAUUAUGUAUGUGGGCUCGAAGUGCUUUGAUUUGUUUAAAUACCUUGCAUAAUGUUAAAGGGCGAAGGGAGGUGCUCCAGUGGAUUAUUUUUCAAUUUAGGAGUUCAACUUCUUUGUAAAUUUGGAACUGCCUAAUAAAGGCAAUGGUAAGAGGCAAUGAUUCAUCCUGAAACGAAGUCAAGAAAAACAUACUAAAUGAUAUUAUCUGUAACAUCUGGAUCAGGAAGUUGAAUAAUUAAGGCAUUUUCCUGAUAAUGGUACUUACACAACAUUAACAACACGUUAAUUCUUUUUAAUAUAAACAACUGCAUUAUUUCUUUAUUCACAAUUUGGAUGAUAGUCAUUUUGUUUUGUAUUUUAAGAGACUGAUAAUUAUAUUAAAAAUAACAAUAAAAUUUUAAUUUUA